AUGGGGAAAUCACCCGAGUCCGUGGCUCAAGACACGACUCCAUUCUCCUUGACUAUGGAGGUGGAAGAAGAUAUCGAGCAAGAAAUCGAGAACUUCGUGCGGUUCAAGCGACGAGGCGAAUACUUGCAGGCACAGGAGCUUUUCCAGCAAAGUCUCUCCAGUCACCUCGCCUUAUUUCCGGUCAUUGCCGAGUACGCAGAUUUACUUCUAGAACAAGGCAAAUUUCGAACUCUAUCUGAAUUUCUGGAUAUCCAACUUCAAUACAUGGAGUCGAUGCUGGAAGAGCAAGAAGUGGAAUUAUUACGCAUCAUGAGAUCCCUCGUCGGAAUUUAUACUAUAGGGGCUUUGCGCCCAGCUCUCGAACAAGCUAGAGAUACUUGGAAUUUUCUCCGCCGACAGAGAUCCAAGGUGCCUCCUGGUACACUUCCCAGCGAUGUGGAGGUAGGAUCUAGUUAUUUUCCAUAUUAUUGA